AUGUCUGCAUUCAAAAAGGAAUUUUACGAUGAUAAGUCUAUAGAGCUCCUCGCAGAUUUGGAAGAACGAUUUUUGGAAGUACAAAAAAGUCAUGCCGCCCUGACCUCUAAGGCAUUACGAGAAUCCCAGGAUGCUCAGAAGGCUGUUAAUGAUGCCAUCCAAAACGGAGUUGUAUCCCUGCACAACAGAGAUAGGUUAACCUAUGACGGGAACAAACUGCUGGGAGGUAUGAUGAACAACUUCCUGGGCCUGGUUUAUUUUGGCAGUAAUGAAUCAGCGAAACUGACAGAAGAUCAGAUGAACAAUGUGAAGACGAAUCUCGAGAUUAUUCAAAACAAAAUGCAACGCAAGUCAGAAAGAUGGAGAUCCUUCUUCGGGGACACUGAAAACCCAUUGGCAGAGCUUGAGAUUGGGACGAGGACUUUGCUGGAAAGUCUCAAAGGUGAUGGUGGCUCUCGUCAGAAGCCAGCGGAGUUGACAGCUUGCUGGGCCAUCAAACAUACUAUCGAUGAUUUACUGUCUGAUCUGGAAGUAAGGAGGUCUAUGAGCGAAUUCUUAAAUGAAUCGAAUGCUCAGCAAUUGGAAAUGGGACGAACCCUUAGAACAAUCACAACGACGCCUUUGAGGAAUUUAAAUAAAUUAAACUCAUUGGAACGUGCUAUGGAAAUGAUGACGGACUGGAAAGAAGAUUACGCUCGAUACCUCCGAGCCUCUCAGGCUCUUAGCAAUACUCUUAGCGGACUGUACCCUAAGCUCUCAGAGGAAGAGGCUCAGAAGGGUCGAUCUUUUGCUGACGAGUUCCGUCAAGGGUCUAAGGAAUUCGUCGAAAACCUGGAACACGAACACCUCAUGGGAAUAUAUGGAUACCGAGAAUUACCUCCCGAACUGGUCAACCAAUAUGGCGAUGAUGAGAAAACUGACGAGAAGGCUAGAGCCGCGGAAGAUCAAGUUGUCACUAUCUUACGUGCCACCCGACUGGAUGAUUUAAGAUCUUUCGAUAAGAAAUUGAAGAUCGGUUCGCCGAAUGAUGCGGACACUGCUAAGAACGCUGACGAUACAGACGAUGAAGAUAUGAUGAGGCGGAAGACCGGCGAAUGGUCUGUCGUACGUGUCUUACCUUGUCGUGAGGGCACACCCGCCGUGGUGUUCUCAGCGGAGGAUUUCGGAAAGAGAGCGAGGAGAAUAAACUAUACCUUGAACAUCAAAGAUAACCCGAGUCGAUGUAUCUCUGACAUGAAGAAUCUCAUCCAAGAAGGAACCGCAGUGUCUCAGUUAGCCACAAAGCAAUGCAAUUCCUUCAUACGUUUCAACCAUUCCUUGAAGACAGUUCUACCUAAGAAGGAAUACCGGAGUCUGGAUGAAUUGCAGGAAGCUGUCUCUUUGCUAAGAACAAGAUCAAAGAGGAAACCUGGAUUGAAGCUUGUUUAUCAUGAGCUCAAAGAUAUGUAUAAGCAGAUGUCGGAAACUGUUUCAUCAUGCAAAACGGAAAUCAUUGAUAACACUGAAAGAUUAAUUUCGGAAGCUGAAGCCGGAGUGAGAUGUAUCGAACAAAGCAACCUCACAGAGAUGGAUUCCGAUGAUCCAUUGGUGAAUUUAGCCAAGGGAGCAUUUUCAGCCAAAUCCAAGCUAGAUCUAAACCAUCUUUACAGACUCAAGAGUAUGAUCUCAGGGGACGUUCUCGAUUCGGAAGGUAAACCUCUAACUCACAUGUCGAGAAAGACGAGAUUUGGUCUUCAGAGAACAUAUGAUAGGUACAAGAAGGCCAUGAGUAAAACUCCGUUCAAAGAUGUACAAAGCCUUUCGGACCUCGAGUUCACCCUUGAAGAAAUGGGUGAUUGGCAAGAGGAAGACGAAGCAUAUUUUACUUCGGCUUUGAAGGAGUUGCCAGUAUCUGAGGAUGAAGAAGAAGGUGCUGUUACUGCGGAGAGCGCGAACGAUCAACCAAAGCAAUAUACAAGCUGGGCAGCCAUGCUGAGGAACUCGACAACAAGAAGUUAG